GCUCGUUUUAGUUCCCCUUCAAAAUUACGUUCCCAUCCAAGUUAACUAUAUACAUUCACUUACCAAACAGAGGAGAAGCAACCCAGAUUAAGCCUCGAGUAUACACCAAUCCCACCACCACUCUUCUCUUCUCUUCUAUUCUAUUCUAUCGAAACACGCAAGAUAGGUACACAUAAUUACAAACAGUGUCGUUCCAAACCAUCAUCACAACAAUGGAACACGACCACGUUAUAAACAUCGACCUCGAAAAGCCGGAGUAUAGCCAACCCUCCCAAACCACCACGCCAAGUGUAUCCCCUCCCGAAUCCGACGAUGGCAGGGCUCAAAGGCCUAUAUACGCAGCAUCUAACAAAUCCUGCUUCGUCUGCCGCAAGACCCUUCUACUAAGCUACUUCAACUGCUGCGCCGCGUGCCUCGGCAUCGCCGAAUACCAGCUCUCCCGGAAAAGGGGCAGACAAUCUCGCGAUAUCCUGCCCACCUCCGAGACCUCUACUUCCUCCUCCUCCUCCUCCCCAUCAUCAUCCACAUACUCCCUCCCCCAAACCCCAACCAACACCCCCAGACCAGCCCCCCACUGCGACAGCCCCAGCUGUCGCUACACGCACCAACGCGUGCUAAUGCUCCUCUUCAUCGUCUUCGAGCUCAUCCCCUCGCUCGGCGGGCUCGCCAUCCUCAACAUCGCGCUGUACAGGCACGACUUCUCGCUGCUCCGGUUCGCGGGCAUGCUGCUCCUCCAAUGGUGGCAGAUCUUCGUGCUGCCUCGCCAGUGGGCGUGCGGACGCUCGAUUGUCGCGGGACAGCUCGCUGCGUGUGUUUUCAUGGUCUGGUUUUAUGUCGAUGCGGCGCGUGUCUGGAGGUGGUAGGAGCCCCUUGCUAUUACGACUGUGUUGUUGAAGAUUGUGUUUCCUUGGUAGGUUGAUUGGGUUGGGGGUUGUGGGUGUGGGUGUGGAAACUAUGGGGUAUCGGAUGGGGGUGGA